AUCGUGAGAAAAGUGGCGGGGAUAAGAUGCAACGGUACUUUUUUCGGUGACGCUCCAUCAGACGACAGACACUUUUUUUCAGUAUAAAAAAUUAAAAAAUAGUCUCUAAAAAAUAUGGCAAAGGAGAAUAAUAUUCAAGCAAAAUCUACCAGUAAAAGGAAAUGUUCCUCUACUAAUGAACAAAUAAUUAACACAACAACGAACAAGUUAUUUCGAACAAUUCUUUACGUUUUCCUAGCACCAAUUAUAUUAUCCGGAGUGUAUUUUCUAGUUCACAAUUAUCAUAAUUAUUUUUGUGAACCACAUGUUCAGGAAAUAUUCCUCGAGGAAGAACGACCGACAUUUCGAAUACAUACAAAAUUUCCCAAUAGUGAUAUUGGAUAUUUGAAACAUGUUUUCCUCGUUUUGGAUCGACUGGGUUUUCAGCAACAAGAAACUUCAAAUUGGGAUUUAUUAUGGGCGCACGAUUAUCCAUUUAGUGCAUUAAGGGCAAAUUUGACAAAUUUAAAACCACAUCAAAGAGUUAAUCAUUUUCCAGGAUGUGGAUAUAUCACGAAUAAAGUCGAUCUUUCAACAACCGAGGGAAAAUUUAUUCCCGUUUCAUUUAAAAUGCCCGACAAUCGUGAAGAUCUUCUCGCUCACAUUGAGAAAAAUCCGGAGAAAACCUACGUUCAAAAAUCCAACGAUCAUCGUGGAAUAGAAAUGAAAAAAAUCGACGAACUAAAUUUAACGGCAGAGGGAUCAUUUGUUCAGGAAUUCAUCGAUAAACCAUUUCUUGUCGACGGUUAUAAAUUUGACAUUGGUAUCUACACGGUAAUAACAUCAAUUGAUCCUCUUCGAAUUUACGGAUACAAAGGUGAUGUUUUAUUUCGAUUUUGUCCCAUUGAAUAUUAUCCAUUCGAUCCGAAGAUUAUUGAUAAAUAUGUCGUUGGCGAUGAUUAUUUACCAAUUUGGAAUGUGCCGUCAUUGAGGAAUUAUUACAAAAAUUUAGGAUUUUCGAUGAAGGACUCGUUUGAUGCGUAUUUAAGGGCGAAGGGAAAGGAUCCACAGAAAAUGUGGGACAGUGCUUUUGAUGCGAUUAGAGAAAUAGCGUUGAAAAAGGAAAUGAAGAUUCGUGAAGCAACUAAACGUUUUGGUGAUGGUAGAAAUUUUUUCGAAUUGAUGCGAUUCGAUUUUACUCUCGAUGAAGAUUUGAAUGUUUUCAUUAUGGAAGCGAAUAUGUCGCCGAAUCUUUCUUCAGCACAUUUCCCACCAAAUCAAUUACUCUACGAACAGGUUUUGUUCAAUCUCUUUGCACUGAUUGGCGUUGCUCGAAGAACGAGGAGCGAUACACUGCAAAUAAAAGAAAAAGCCGAAAUCGAAAUGGAAGUUGCCGAUAAAAAUCUAGUCGUUCUGCCAGAAAUCUGUAACAAUUGUAACGAUUGUUUUCGAAUUGAGUGUCAAAUUUGCAGAAAAUGUUACACGGACGAUUGGAGAAGAGUUUUGUCUCAAAGCUUUUUGGAGCAUCAUAAUAAAAUGGAUUACAGGAGAAUAUUCCCACCGCCAAUUACGGAGAACAUGGUUUUGAAAGACUACUCACUGAAAAAUCAACUCCUAAUAAGAUGGUAUCAAGGAAAGUGUGAAAUCGAUCCCACCUGGUGUAACUAAACUGAAAAUAAACGAAACUAAAAAAAAAUAGACUCAGGAAAAAGAUUUGUGCCAUCUAGAGAGAAAAUUCCAUCAAAAAGAUUUAUUCUUUUUUCUAAUAUCGAAAAAGGGUACAGUAUUAAAUUAGGAGUAUUCCUUUAGUUAUUAAAUAGCAAUUAAAUAAAAAUUUUAUAGUUCUUUAAUUUAAUAUGAAAAAUUGUAAAUUGUUUAAUUAAACAUGUUUUACUCUAA